CUCUUGUUCUAUAUUUACACAUCCUUUUUUUUUAUUUUAUUUUAUUAUUCAUAUUUAUAUUUUUAUUCUUCAUACUUGUUACUAUAUAUCACCCAUGUACUAUUAUUAAUAGGCAGGAUGACAAAUGCCUAUUUUCGUCAUAUCCCUCCAAUUUUUUUUUUUUUUUCAUUAUUCACUUCUUUUCAUUGUAUUUUUCCCCUUUUUUUAUUAUUUUAUUUUACCUUUUUUUUUCGAUUUUAUCAUUCCAUAUAAUAAAAAAAUUCUUCAUCUUUUUCUUUUAAAUUUUAAAAAGGCUCUCUUCAUCGUGGUGAACUCUGAAAUUUUCUCUGAAUCUUUUUAUUUUAUAAUUUUUUGUUUCUAUUAUUUUUUUUUCUUUCCUUUCUUUUUUAUUUUAUAUCGUUGUUAUUAUCCUUUUAAAUUAAUUAGUUUUUCCUUUUAUUAAGCAACAAGCAUUGUAUUUUAGAAUAAAGUAAUGAAAUAUAAUACGGAAACCUUGAUCAUUGUAUGCCGGAGGAAGAUGGAUAAACUGAACACUGGGA